UUAGAAACUCCUCGUGUGUUGGUGUUUUGUUAUGUGAUGGUUUAAACGUAAGCUGCAAAGCUCGUUUGCAGCAUUAAGUGGUUGGUGGUGUGUCGUGAAGUAGGAUAAACUUUAUUUAUACGGAAAUAGCGUCGGAAUGAGGCGUUUGAUUGGAAUGGCAAGUUUGAAGCGUGCUACUACCCUUCUGUCGAAUUUUCGAAGACAAUCCACCAUUACAAAAUCUCUGCCUCAGCUGACAAAGGAUCGAUACCCUCACAUAAAACGCGGCGAUUAUGCCACCCUCAGUCAGAAGCAUUUGGAUUAUUUUGUCGGAUUACUGGGACGAAACAGGGUUUUGACCGAUCCUUCCGAUUGCGAAAUGUAUAACGUGGAUUUUAUUAAAGCUGUACGAGGUUACAGUCAGUGCGUCUUAAAACCGCAAACGACGGAAGAAGUUUCUAACAUUUUGUCGUUCUGUAAUCAGCACAGGUUAGCCGUCUGCCCUCAGGGAGGAAAUACUGGUUUAGUUGGAGGAUCGGUGCCGGUAUUUGACGAGGUCGUUUUAUCAACGUCUUUACUAAAUAAAAUUAUCAGUAUCGAUGAUAUUUCCGGGGUAAUGGUGUGCGAAGCGGGAUGCGUAUUGGAGAGAUUAGAUGAGACGUUGGGAGAGAGAGGACUGAUGAUGCCUUUGGAUUUGGGGGCCAAAGGGUCUUGUAAUAUCGGCGGAAAUGUGUCGACGAAUGCGGGAGGGUUGCGGCUGUUGCGUUAUGGAAAUCUGCACGGAAGUGUUUUGGGCGUUGAAGCUGUAAAAGCUAAUGGAGACGUGAUUGAUUGUCUUAGCACAUUGAAAAAGGACAACACCGGAUAUCAUUUGAUGCACUUAUUUAUCGGCUCUGAAGGAACGCUCGGCAUUGUAACGAAGGUUGCUAUUCACUGUCCUUCGAGACCUACAUCACUGAAUUUGGCCCUGCUGGGUCUUCAUUCGUUUGAAGAUAUCUUAAGAACGUAUUCGAGAGCGAAAAAGGAGUUGAGUGAGAUUCUCUCGUCUUGCGAAAUGAUGGACGCCAGUUCUUUGGACGUUGUCACUAGCCAUCUGAAGUUAAAGUCGCCGCUUGGCGAGUUUCCAUUUUAUAUGGUGAUCGAAACGAGUGGAAGCAAUGAAAAGCACGACGAAGAGAAGCUAAACGCGUUUUUGGAAAGUGUUAUGGGAGAUGGUAUUGUCGCCGAUGGUACCGUCACGAAUGAGCCAAGCAAAAUCAGAUUAAUUUGGGAUCUUAGAGAGAGAAUCACGGAAGGUUUACUGCAUGACGGUUACCUUUUCAAGUACGACAUUUCAUUACCGAUCAAGGAUUUUUAUUCACUCAUUCCGAAAAUGAGGGAAAGGCUAGGUAGUGAUGCUAGCAGGAUCGCAGGAUACGGACAUAUUGGGGACGGAAACAUCCAUCUUAAUAUCUCCGUUCCGGAGUUUCGACCUGAUGUCCUCAAAAAGGUGGAGCCGUACGUGUAUGAACUGACGUCAAAAUUAAAAGGAAGUGUUAGUGCCGAGCACGGUGUUGGUUUUCGCAAACCGCCCUACAUUCACUACUCCAAAAGUGAUAAUGCAAUCGGUUUAAUGAAGGAACUUAAAAACAUGAUGGAUCCCAAUGGAAUUUUGAAUCCGUACAAGGUCUUACCAUCGCAAUAGGAUUUGGUAUAAAGAUCGUUUUGCUCUCACAUUAUAUUUAUUGAUAGAAUUUUUACAUUAUCUACCUAUUUCGGUAUCAUUUUACAAAUUGGAAUGACAAAAUGUAAUUGAUCUGUGAUAAAAAUAGAGGAGGGAUGUAUUUGUAAUAAAUG